GGAGAUAUUCGAUGACUCUUCCUCGCUCCAAACUCACCGCCUGACCCAUGUAGACAUAUCCUACCAGUGUCCUGAGUGCAGAGAGAUCUUCGAUGACUCAUCCUCGCUCCAAACCCACCGCCUGACCCACAUAGACGUCUCCUACCAAUGUCCUGAGUGCAGAGAGAUCUUCGAUGACUCUUCCUCGCUCCAAACUCACCGCCUGACCCACGUAGACGUCUCCUACCAGUGUCCUGAGUGCAGGGAGAUAUUCGAUGACUCCUCCUCCCUCGCAGCUCACCAGCUCGUCCAUGCGGAAGCCGGUUACCAGUGCGCCAGCUGCGGCCAGAGCCUGGAGGGCCCCCUGGCCCUCUCUGCCCACCGGUGCCCUGCCGCGGGUGCCGACAAGCCCUUCCGCUGCCUCCUGUGCGGCAAGGGCUUCAGCCAGGCCGUCUCACUGAGGAAACACCGGUGUGCCGCGCCGGGUGGAGCGGGCGGCGCCGGGCACGGCUGGGCUUCCCCUGGCCCCCCUCCUGUCCCCCGGGGGGCCCGGCUCUCCGCCCGCCCGGGGGAACGAUGCUUCCGCUGCGACGCGUGCCCCAAGAGCUACAACCGGCUGGACAACUUGCGGCGACACCAGAGGGUCCACCUGGGUGAGCGCCCCUUCCGCUGCACCCUGUGCGGCGAGGGCUUCCCAUCGUCAGCCUCGCUGCGUGCCCACCGGGCAUCCCGGCACCCGGAUGCCACCCAGCGAAGGGGCUACGGCUGCGGGGCGUGUGGCGAGUCUUUUGGGGGGGCCGCACAGCUCAGCGAGCACCGGUGCAGUUGGCCGUUCCGCUGGCGCGGGGACGGAGACGGGCGGGCGGGCGCCCGACCCCCACUCCCUUCCUCCACCGCCUCCUCACCCCCCGCCUCCCCGUCCCCCGCCCCGCCCGCCACCUCCCCUCCCUGCUCCCCAGCCCGUCCUCCCUCCCCAGUCCUCGUCCUCCAGCGCCGGGACCCCGCGCCUCAGCUCCCCCUGGGGUGCGAGGCUUGCGGUGAGGACUGUGCCGAUGCCCUGUCGCUGCAGACCCACCGCCUCCUGCACACCUGGGGGCGCCCUUUCACCCUUGAUGAGCCCCAGCCAGGCCGCGGCGGCGAGGAGGAGGGGGUAGGAGAGGAGGAGGAGGGCGCCGGCUCCGUCCACCCGUGCCCACAGUGCCGCGCCACCUUCGGCAGCCCCUCCGCCCUGGAGGAGCACCGCCUCCUGCAUGCCUGGGAGCGCCCCUUCCGCUGCGACCUGUGCGAGGAGAGCUUUGCGGAUUCCUGCGCCCUGACCGACCACCAGAUGGCGCACGGUGCGCGGAGCCCCGGCAGCCCCCCAGCACCCAGCUCUCCACCACCGCCUGGUCAGAGCGUCGCCCCCUCUCGUUGCCCCCCGGCGCCGCCACCACAGCCGUCACCGUCCACCGGUGCCCACCGGGAAAGGCCCUUCUCCUGCCCGGUGUGCCAGAAAUCUUUCGCCGCUGGCCCGGCACUGCGGGCGCACCAGACCAUCCACACCGGCAACAAACCCUACCGCUGCGAAGUCUGCUCCCGAACCUACAACCGAUUGGACAAUCUCCGUAGGCACCAGUACUCCCACCUCAAGUCUGUCUCCCUGGAUCAGUUAUGGCUGGCCGAGCAUGCCUUCUCUGGGGACACCAGUGCAGAUUCGGAAUUCUUUGUUUUUGCGGACAACCGGUUUGAGAUCUUCGGUGUGUUUUCCACUCUUGCGUCUUGCCGAGAGGGAUAUCAAGGCCAAAGUAAGAACAAGGCUCGGGACACCUCCUACCAGUGUCCUGAGUGCAGGGAGAUAUUCGAUGACUCUUCCUCGCUCCAAACUCACCGCCUGACCCAUGUAGACAUAUCCUACCAGUGUCCUGAGUGCAGAGAGAUCUUCGAUGACUCAUCCUCGCUCCAAACCCACCGCCUGACCCACAUAGACGUCUCCUACCAAUGUCCUGAGUGCAGAGAGAUCUUCGAUGACUCUUCCUCGCUCCAAACUCACCGCCUGACCCACGUAGACGUCUCCUACCAGUGUCCUGAGUGCAGGGAGAUAUUCGAUGACUCCUCCUCCCUCGCAGCUCACCAGCUCGUCCAUGCGGAAGCCGGUUACCAGUGCGCCAGCUGCGGCCAGAGCCUGGAGGGCCCCCUGGCCCUCUCUGCCCACCGGUGCCCUGCCGCGGGUGCCGACAAGCCCUUCCGCUGCCUCCUGUGCGGCAAGGGCUUCAGCCAGGCCGUCUCACUGAGGAAACACCGGUGUGCCGCGCCGGGUGGAGCGGGCGGCGCCGGGCACGGCUGGGCUUCCCCUGGCCCCCCUCCUGUCCCCCGGGGGGCCCGGCUCUCCGCCCGCCCGGGGGAACGAUGCUUCCGCUGCGACGCGUGCCCCAAGAGCUACAACCGGCUGGACAACUUGCGGCGACACCAGAGGGUCCACCUGGGUGAGCGCCCCUUCCGCUGCACCCUGUGCGGCGAGGGCUUCCCAUCGUCAGCCUCGCUGCGUGCCCACCGGGCAUCCCGGCACCCGGAUGCCACCCAGCGAAGGGGCUACGGCUGCGGGGCGUGUGGCGAGUCUUUUGGGGGGGCCGCACAGCUCAGCGAGCACCGGUGCAGUUGGCCGUUCCGCUGGCGCGGGGACGGAGACGGGCGGGCGGGUGCCCGACCCCCACUCCCUUCCUCCACCGCCUCCUCACCCCCCGCCUCCCCGUCCCCCGCCCCGCCCGCCACCUCCCCUCCCUGCUCCCCAGCCCGUCCUCCCUCCCCAGUCCUCGUCCUCCAGCGCCGGGACCCCGCGCCUCAGCUCCCCCUGGGGUGCGAGGCUUGCGGUGAGGACUGUGCCGAUGCCCUGUCGCUGCAGACCCACCGCCUCCUGCACACCUGGGGGCGCCCUUUCACCCUUGAUGAGCCCCAGCCAGGCCGCGGCGGCGAGGAGGAGGGGGUAGGAGAGGAGGAGGAGGGCGCCGGCUCCGUCCACCCGUGCCCACAGUGCCGCGCCACCUUCGGCAGCCCCUCCGCCCUGGAGGAGCACCGCCUCCUGCAUGCCUGGGAGCGCCCCUUCCGCUGCGACCUGUGCGAGGAGAGCUUUGCGGAUUCCUGCGCCCUGACCGACCACCAGAUGGCGCACGGUGCGCGGAGCCCCGGCAGCCCCCCAGCACCCAGCUCUCCACCACCGCCUGGUCAGAGCGUCGCCCCCUCUCGUUGCCCCCCGGCGCCGCCACCACAGCCGUCACCGUCCACCGGUGCCCACCGGGAAAGGCCCUUCUCCUGCCCGGUGUGCCAGAAAUCUUUCGCCGCUGGCCCGGCACUGCGGGCGCACCAGACCAUCCACACCGGCAACAAACCCUACCGCUGCGAAGUCUGCUCCCGAACCUACAACCGAUUGGACAAUCUCCGUAGGCACCAGUACUCCCACCUCAAGGCCCCUCGCUGA